CAAUCAUUUUCAAUAAUGUUCAUGUCAACAUAAUUUACGGGGGUUACAUAAAGUGUCUAAUAGAGAUUAAGGUGCAACCAAGCAUUAUAUUAGCUUGAGAUAUGAUAUCUUUAUCUUAAAUAAUCCCAGUAUGGACCGUAAUAUUAUCUUUCUUUCUCAACUUAUUGUUAUGUGUAACAAUUUACAUAAGCAGUGCUUGUUCUGAGUGAAUCGUUUUUGCUUCACAGUGUGUAAUUAUAAAAUAACUUAUUUAUCCUUUUUAGAUAUAAUACUAAUUCAUCGAUAUGAAGCAAAAGUUACAGCAAACUUCUAUCGGUUUUAUUGGAGGUGGAAAUAUGGCAAGCGCCAUAGGUGCUGGUUUACUAAAGAAAGGUAUUCUCAAACCUGAUAAUGUAUGGGUAUCAGCUAAAACAGAUAGAAGUUUUUCAUUUUGGAAUGAUUUGGGUGUACAUGCAACAUUGAGGAAUGGUGAAGUCGUAGAGAAUUGUGAUAUCAUAUUUCUGUCAAUAAAACCUCACAUGUUGGAUGAUGCUUUGACAGGUAUCAAAGAUACUCUUACUACAAUAGUUCCAAGCAAGUUAUAUAUAUCUGUACUGGUUGGGGUUACUUUAGAUAUUCUUAUGUCUAAACUUAGUAACAUUGUUGAAAAGCCUAGAGUCGUUAGAUCAAUGCCAAAUACACCAAUGAUGGUUGGCGAAGGUAUUACAGUAUAUUGUUCUAAGAAUAUAACGCAGCUUGAUGAAGCUUUGGUGAAUGCACUAUUCUCAUAUAUUGGCAUGACCCAAUCUGUACCAGAAUUUCUUAUGAAUGCUGUUGGUGGUCUAUCAGGGUCUGGCCCUGCUUAUGCAUAUUUGAUGAUAGAAGGAUUAGCUGAUGGCGCUGUAAGAAUGGGUGUACCGCGUCCAAUGGCAACCAAAUUUGCAGCACAAGUAUUAGUAGGUGCUGGAAAAAUGGUUCUAGAAACAGGCCGUCACCCAGGUCAAUUGAAAGACGAAGUUUGUUCCCCUGCUGGUACGACAAUAACUGGAGUUCACGAACUGGAGCGUGGAUCAAUUAGAGGUUCACUAAUGAAUGCAGUGGAAGCAGCAGUAAAAAGAUCUCAUGAAAUGAAUUAAGUACACAGUAGAAUAACGGUAGAAUAUGUAUCAAAAUAUUGAAAAUAAAUCAUUGUCCUAUUCCAAACUAAA